AGCCCGUUUUGGUGGGGACGAGCUUAAUUAGCAAUCUCGAACCCGAGCAGUCGGUCACAGACGUUAGUGGGACCUCCGUCGGUAUACAUAUUAUUUUUUUAGACUAGGCCCGAACAACACACUUAACCAUGUCUGAUGAAGAAGAAGUGUACACUGAUUCCGAAGAGGAAACGCAACCGGAGCCUGAAAAAAGCAAAGAUGGAGACGGAGAUCCCGAAUUCGUAAAGAGGCAAGAAGCUAAAUCCUCAGCCUUAGACGAGCAGCUUAAAGAGUACAUUCAAGAAUGGCGCAAACAAAGAUCAAAGGAGGAAGACGACUUGAAAAAGUUGAAGGAAAAACAAGCCAAGCGCAAAGUUAUGCGUGCAGAAGAAGAAAAGAGGAUGGCCGAGAGAAAGAAGCAAGAAGAAGAACGCAGACAGAGGGAAGUCGAGGAAAAGAAACAAAAAGAUAUUGAGGAAAAACGUAAGCGCCUAGAAGAGGCCGAAAAGAAACGCCAAGCCAUGAUGGCCGCUCUUAAAGAACAGACCAAUAAAUCAAAAGGACCCAACUUCACCAUCAGCAAAAAAGAAGGUGCAUUAAGUAUGACUUCUGCUCAACUUGAACGUAACAAGACCAGAGAACAAAUUGAAGAAGAAAAGAAAAUAUCGUUGAGCUUCAGAAUUAAGCCCUUGAAUAUCGAAGGAUUCUCUGUACAGAAACUUCAAUUUAAAGCCACUGAACUUUGGGACCAGAUUAUAAAACUGGAAACCGAAAAGUACGAUUUGGAGGAAAGACAGAAGAGACAAGAAUAUGACUUGAAAGAGUUGAAAGAACGUCAGAAGCAACAGCUCCGUCACAAAGCCCUGAAGAAGGGUCUUGACCCUGAAGCCUUGACCGGCAAAUACCCACCCAAAAUUCAAGUUGCUUCCAAAUACGAGAGGCGAGUGGAUACAAGGUCCUAUGACGACAAAAAGAAGCUGUUCGAAGGAGGUUACAUGGAGUACACUAAAGAAUCAAUGGAAAAAAAAUGGACAGAAAAGAGUGGCCAAUUUGGUGGUCGCGCUAAGGGACGGCUACCGAAGUGGUUCGGCGAACGUCCAGGCAAGAAGAAGGACGAUCCCGACACUCCUGAAGAGGAAGAACUCAAAAAGAACGAAGAAGACGAAGAACCCUUCGGUCUUGACGAUGAGGAAGCCGAAGAAGAAGUCGAAGAAGAAGAAGAGGAAGAGGAAGAGGAGGAAGAAGAAGAGGAGGAAGAGGAGGAGGAAGAGGAAGAAGAAGAAGAAGAAGAGGAAGAGGAGGAAUAA